UUUAUACAAUUUUCUCGUGCACGUUGUGUAAUAUUGCCGCAGGAUGUACGAAAUCUGACAUUGGGUUUCAGGGGAGAAUAGGUCUUACCUAUAUACUAGCUUUCUCAGAAAAUAUAACAGUUUUCAUUAUCCAACUUUACGUUCGUUUCUUUUACAUCAUAAACAUAAAGUGUUGCAAACUCUUUUAUUUUUCUUGGCACUUUGCUAUGAAAUGUAUGUGCCUGGGGUUUGAUGAAAAGUAACGUAGUGUUUUGACUGGAAAAUGAAUAAAAAUAUCAUCGGGUGAUCACACGUAUAUGUUAUUACACAAUUCUAUUGUAUAUUUCGAUGAAAGUGAAAUUUGGAAUAAUUUUAAGUGAUGAUUCAUUGAGUUAUAAGGAAUACAAAUAUAUAAAACAUAUCUAUAUUCUCUCGGUACGAUGUAUUGUGUUUUGGAGGAGUUUUAUAUAGCAUUUAUCUAUUAAGACAUGUUUUUAAACAUGUAAUGUUUGCUCGGAUAUGAUAAUUUAAAAUCAUUUGAAAGCAUGUAUUUCUGUAAAAUUAGUAAACAAUAUAUGAAAUAACUUUGUUAUAGAUAGAUACUGUAGAACAAUAACGACUUGAAAAAAGACAUCAACAUAUUAUCGUGGCAGGCUAGGUCAAACUCAAAAUGGAGAAUAGUUUCUUUGAGGUAAUUGAGAGUUAUCGUAGAAGGUUGGAGACACAUUCUUCUCAAUGUCACAGAAAUUCUGGUCCAUCAAUUCCAGACUGCUACCAUGACAACUGGAACUCUCAGAAUGGUUACUAUGGCAACUGUCCUAUAAAUGGCAACAUAGAAGGUGGUUAUGGCUGGCAAACAAGUGGGUUUGACAAUAUGAACAGUGCAGUUAAAGCUAAUGUGGAGUCACCUUUACGUAGCAAAGCAUGGCAACCAAAACCACCAAAUGACCUUGACCUUGGUAUGAACUGGAUGACCUGCAGUCAGAAUGCCUAUGACCUUGACCUUUAUGCAAAGGAAUUGUAUGAAUUUGAACAAAAGAGGAUGGCAGAUUGUAUGAAUGGACUUCAACAUUCACAAACAAGUUGGUUACAUGGAAAACUUGCACCAAAUACAGGUGAUGUUUAUCUUGAAGACAACAGUGCUGUUUGUCUGAAGAAAGUGACGCUUCCUGAGUCGCCACUUGUUGAACGUCGUAAUAUACGACGUCUGCCUCGACCAGUCACCUCACCAGUAGAAAUACAAAAAUUCUCUAAUCUAGAUUGGGAACAAUGUUAUGAAGCAGCUAAGAGAAAAAUCAAUGUCUCACCAAAGGUUGAACGUGUAUCUAGUUUUGAUUCUGCACAGAGGUACAGGGUACAAGACUCGAGUGACUCGUCACCUGAAACAUGUAAUGUUAGGAAAUGUCUCGAUACGCAGUCACUAACAAGUUCCCCUUCUACAUCACGUAAAAAUGGAAAACCACCUAUUUUACAUAGAUACAACAGUAUGUCACCAACACUGUGUCGAAAGAAAAUCUCUGACAAAUUGUCACCUGCAUCACUGCGGAAGUCAGUGAUUUUACGUAGUUCCAGAAAAUCUGAGCCAAUUUCUGUUGAUAUGUGUGGGGGAUGUGGGUUUCCACUUCGAGAUGAUAAUAGGAUCUCUGUUUCAACAAAAGCUGGGAAGCGUAAACUGUUCCAUGGAGAAUGCUUCAAGUGUUCAAUAUGUGAUACAGCAUUGACCUUGAAGAGCUACAAAAAACAGAACAUGGAUGGGCAGUUGUACUGUGAAUCUCAUUUCCCACCAACUCCAAAGUCCAAGAUGGAGGAUAAAGCUCGAAAACCUGCAGGUCCAGAUUUCAUUGACUUGAUAAUCCGACUUCAAGAUAACAGAAUAGAAGAUCAGCGCUGUGAUAUUUCUUCAUUUUCUAAGGGCCCUGAUUUCUAUGAUAUGCUUUUGAAGUAUCAGAGUAGACGCUAUGAGGAUCAGAGGUGCUCAUUACCACUUGCUUUACAGCUCAAUACAGAAGAUGCUUCACCACAGAAAAAAGACAUAGAUACCAUUAGAGAGUUAUUGAGUAAACAGGGACCAUAUCCAAUGGUACAUUUGCCACCUGGUUGCUGUUUUACUAUACACCCACCAGAUCCUGGACCUGACCCUGGGGGACAGGAAGGGGCGGAGUCUAGACUACAGGGUUCACUCAUAGAAAAAGAUGAAACAGCUCAUUGCUACAGAAAAUAUUUCCUUGGCCAGGAGCAUUUUAAUUGUUAUACAUUAGACGAGAAUGUAGGACCUAUGAUUCUGUCCUUUAAAGAAGAAUUCCGAGAUGAACAGUCGAGUAUACGGGUAAUGUUAAGGACAAGACAAUGUACACAACACAAUGUUUUCCCUUUGAAUUCCGUUGGUGAAGUACCUAGUCCCAUGAGAUUGGCAAAGUUAAUGUGUGAGGAGUAUAGUGGUGAGAGGUUCCAGCCAGUGUUGACCACUAAAGGCUCAGAGAUGAUUGUACAAUAUGAUGAACAUAGACUCACCAAUAACUUCAAAUUUGGAAUCAUCUAUCAAACAUUUAAACAGACUAAAGAAGAAGAAUUAUUUGGGAAUAUUCAUCACAGCCAUGCGAUGGAAGAAUUCCUGAAGUGUAUUGGUGAACAUGUACAGUUACGGAACUUUGAGGGAUAUCGUGGUGGGCUGGACACCAUUCACGGACAGACUGGUCAGGAAUCUAUCUUCACGAAAUUCCACAAUCGUGAGAUAAUGUUCCAUGUAUCAACAAUGCUCCCCUAUACUGAAGGAGAUACUCAGCAAUUACAAAGAAAACGUCAUAUAGGAAAUGAUAUUGUUGCCAUAGUCUUUCAAGAAGAGAACACGCCAUUUGUUCCGAGUAUGAUAGCGUCCCAUUUUCUACAUUGUUAUAUAAUUAUACAGCCCAUUAACCCAAACACAGACCAUACACAAUACAAGGUAACAGUCACUGCCAGAGAGGAUGUGCCAUAUUUUGGACCUCCAAUUCCACAGGAUGGUAUUUUUAGUAAGGGUCCUGAAUUCCGGGAAUUUAUUCUAUCCAAGUUGCUCAAUGCAGAACUAGCAUGCUAUAAAGCCGAGCAGUUUGCUAAACUAGAGGAUCGUACAAGAACAGCAUUGUUAGAUUGUUUAUACCAAGAUCUACAAAGAAAGAGCUGUGAAAUGUUUGGUAUCAGUAUACCAUCCAGCAGUAAGGAGGGUGCCAGGUUUAUUGAUUCGUUCAGAAGAACGUUUGGAGGACGGUCCAAACAGUCAAAUGAUCCUUCCACGCCCACAAAUUCAAGUCGUAAAUCUAACGGUUCACAACUGUCGACAGUAGGUGAAAAUGAGAAGGUUUCCCCAUCUACUCCGAAGAAAGGGCUGCAUUUUACCAAUUCGAGUAGUUUAGAGAGACAAAAACAUAAAGAUAAAAACGCACACCGAUUGGAUAGUUUGAGUACCCAGUCAUCCUACAGGACUUGCGGUAGUGCCCCAUCUAGUCCCCAGUCUAGUCCUAGUAGUUCUUCAUCAUUAUCACGACUUCAGCAUCAUCCACAGUUGUCACCAUCAAACUCGGAGUCCAGUUUUAAUUCAUUAGAGGACUUUACACCAAACACCAAUACACAGUGUCAUGAAGAUUCUGAUACUGGAAUGGAGAGCAUGUCAUCCACGGGUACACCAAAUACUCAUAUCAAAACAUUCAUGUCCAGUAGUUACAAUGAGGAGUGCUGUACAUGUCCUGAUACUAGUACUACAGAUACCCCAGGUAAACAGAUGGAGAGAAUGCGUAUAGAAUUACAGCGUUUGAAGAUGGACAAAUCAGAACUAUUAAGACAGAAUGUUGUGAGCCAGAAAGAUGUGAAAGAAUUACGAGAGAGGUUAUCAAGUACACAGAGAGAGUUACAACAGCUGAAAAUGAACAUGAUAGAAAUUAGUGAAGAGGCCCAUGUUUGAUUACUGGUGUAUACAAGAUACAAAACUUCCUGUGGCAACCAGUGUAUACAAGACUUUCUGUGGCAACCAGUGUAUACAAGACUUUCUGUGGCAACAGGUGUAUACAAGACUUUCUGUGGCAACCGGUGUAUACAAGAUACAAGACUUCCUGUGGCAACCGGUGUAUACAAGACUUCCUGUGGCAACCGGUGUAUACAAUAUACAAGACUUCCUGUGGCAAAUAUUGUUGAUAAAUUAUCCUGUUUGUAAGCUAUAUAAUUGGACUAAUUCUGUUAGCUUUAAAGAAUGGGGUUUGUUUAUGAACUAACAGGAUUGUACACAUCAUGUUGGCACUCGACUAAAUUUUUAAUUUCUUGACAAAGUAAAAUGAAAUGAAUCAAAAAUAGAGUCAAGUAAAAUAAACAAAUUUACCAACAUACCGGUACUGAGCUAUUGUGAUAAUGUUUACCCACCUUUGCUUAAAAUGGUUCAUGCAGGGUUUAAUUUUUAUAUGUAGAGAAAUUCAUUUCUCUACAGGGGAUAUAAUGAAAUUUUGUAAGAAAAGCUGUUAAUCUUCUGGAAGUGAAGGCCAGACUAGCAUGUAUAUAUAUAUGUACAGUCUGACCAGGGCUGAUCAAUUUCAAACUUUCAUCUUGAUAUCCCCAAAAUUGAUAAUGGACAGUCCCAAAAUAGUCAGCUGGGUAUGUCCAUUUAAAAAGUUUAGGGGUAGUUUAUAAAGGACUAUAACUAGUGAGCUGCCACCAGUACAAAGUGCAUGUAUAAAAUAAGCCAAGAAUUUUUUUUCCAACUGAAGAUAUAAAAAAUAAAAACAAUGAUAGUUUACAAUAUUAGGUUCAGAUUGUAAGAAGACAUUAAAAAAAACUUUAAAAAUCCAUAUAAUUAUGUAAAUAGGUCUCCUUCCUUGAUACAUGUACACAUUUGGUACACUAUUACAUUUAUUAUUAACCAGUGCAAUGAAAAUUAAUUUUGUUGAUACUUUUAGCAUUAUUAUUUAUGAAUUUUGUAUUGAAAAAUGUAAAACAUUAUAUUGUAACAUUUUUUAUUGAUUUACAAGAUUUAUAAAAUUGAAUAAGACAGUUUAGUAUUAUAUACAGGGUUUAUCAGAAUCUCAAAUUGAUUAUGUAAUAAGAGAUUACAAUACUUGAAAUAUAUAUAUGCUGCAUGAAACCUGAAAUUUGACUUCAGAAGCAAUUUGUUUUGAGUUAGUGAUGUUACUCUUUAAUAUUGAUUAAAUUAAAAAAAAAACAACAUUUAUAUGCUUAUUAUAUAAUGAUGAAAAUGUUAGUUUAAUUGUGAAAAAUGUACUUAUUUGGCUUUCAAGAGAACUGAUUGUUAUUAAACUAUGAAUGAAGCUAUUUUAUUGGUCAAUAUAAAAAUGAUACCCAGAAACAUCCAAUCAAAAUCUUGAGAUUCAAGUUAAAACAUGAUAAUUGUAAAGGAUUUUUCAAAAUGGUGCUUUUUGAUGUUAAUAUGAUUUUUGCUGCUAUCUGUGGUUAAAGUCUGGCCUGUCAUCAUGAAAUACAACAUGAAUUAUAUACAGUUUACUUCCUAACAUUGAUUUAUUAUGUCAAAAUAGGCUGUUUAUAUAAUAAGUCAAUUAAAUAUUGAAUAGAACAGCUAAGUGAGAUAAUAUACAGGGGUUAACAUGAUGGGGGGGGGGGGGAAUGAACAAGACUAGUAGUCUUAGUUUGUAACAUUGAUCAAAUCUAGUGAUAUUGGUAUUUGAGAAAAUCCACAAGUCCAUUUAAAGGCUGGAACACUGAUUUAAUGUUCAUGAUGAAACUCCUCCAUUACUUCUUGAAGACCAUGCUUCACCUCGGCCUUAAAUAUUGUUUGCUUUCAACUUCUACUGUUCAACCGGUAAUUGUACUGGUCUAAAUUUUUUAGCUCACCUGUCACAAAGUGACAGGGUGAGCUUUUGUGAUCGCUUUUCGUCCGGCGUCCGUCCGUCGUCCAUCCGUCCGUCCGUCGUCCGUCCGUAAACUUUUACUUUAAAUGACAUCUCCUCAUAAACCACUAAGCCAAUUUCAUCCAAACUUCACAGGAAUGUUCCUUUGGUGGUCACCUUUAAAAAUUGUUCAAAGAAUUUAAUUCCAUGCAGAACUCUGGUUGCCAUGGCAACCGAAAGAAAAAACUUUAAAUAUCUUCUUUUAAAAAACCAUAAGAGCUAGAGCUUAGAUAUUUGGCAUGAAACAUCUUCUAGUGAGUGUCUACCAAGUUUGUUCAAAUAAAAGCCCUGGGGUCAAAAUUGGCCCCGCCCCGGGGGGUCAUUGAUUUUCCCUAUAUGCAUAUAGUAAAAACUUAAAAAAUCUUCUUUUAAAGAACCCAAAGAGCUAGAGCUAAGAUAUUUAGCAUCAAACAUGUUCUAAUGAGUGUCUACCAAGUUUGUUCAAAUAAAAGCCCUGGGGUCAAAAUUGGCCCCGCCCUUGGGGGUCAUUGAUUUUCCCUAUAUGCAUAUAGUAAAAACUUAAAAAAUCUCCUUUUAAAGAACUCAAAGAGCUAUGGCUAAGAUAUUGAGCAUCAAACAUGUUCUAAUAGGUGUCUACCAAGUUUGUUCAAAUAAAAGCCCUGGGGUCAAAAUUGGCCCCGCCCCAGGGGGUCAUUGAUUUUCCCUAUAUGCAUAUAGUAAAAAUUUAGAAAAUCUUCUUUUAAAGAACUCAAAGAGCUAUGGCUAAGAUAUUUAGCAUCAAACAUGUUCUAAUAGGUGUCUACCAAGUUUGUUUAAAUAAAAGCCCUGGGGUUAAAAUUGGCCCCGCCCCGGGGGGUCAUUGAUUUUCCCUAUAUGCAUAUAGUAAAAACUUAAAAAAUCUUCUUUUAAAGAACCAAAAGAGUUAAAGCUAAGAUAUUUAGCAUAUAACAUGUUCUAAUAAGUGUCUACCAAGUUUGUUCAAAUAAAAGCCCUGGGGUCAAAAUUGGCCCCGCCCCGGGGUCAAAAUUGGCCCCGCCCCGGGGGGUCAUUGAUUUUCCCUAUAUGCAUAUAGUAAAAACUUAAAAAAUCUUCUUUUAAAGAACUCAAAGAGCUAUGGCUAAGAUAUUUAGCAUCAAACAUGUUCUAAUAGGUGUCUACCAAGUUUGUUCAAAUAAAAGCUCUGGGGUCAAAAUUGGCACCGUCCCGGGGGUCAUUGAUUUUCCUUAUAUGUGUAUAGCAAAAACUUAAAAAAUCUUCUUUGAAAAAACCCAAAUAGCUAGAGUUAAGAUAUUAAGCAUGAAACAUCUUUUAGUGAGUGUCUACAAAGUUUGUUCAAAUAAAAGCCCUGGGAUCAAAAUUGGCCCCGCCCCGGGGGUCAUUGAUUUUCUUUAUAUGUGUAUAGCAAAAACUUAAAAUCUUCUUUGAAAAAACCCAAAUAGCUAGAGUUUAGAUAUUAAGCAUGAAACAUCUUCUAGUAAGUGUCUGCAAAGUUGUUUAAAUAAAAGCCCUGGGGUCAAAACUGGCCCGGCCCCAGGGGUGUCAUUGUUUUUAACUAUAUGUGUAUAGUAAAAACUUAAAAAAAAUCUUCUUUUAAAAAGCCCAAUGAGCUAGAGCUUAGAUGUUUAGCAUGAAACAUCUUCUUAUUGGUGUCUACCAAGUUUGUGCAAAUAAAAGCCCUUGGGUUAAAUUGGCCCUGCAACGUUGGGGGUUGGGGGGGCCUUUAUACAGGUGAGCGACCUCAGGGCCAUCAUGGCCCUCUUGUUUACUGAAAAACAAACUUUUCCUUUCUUUUUAGCAAGAUUUCUAAGAUUAGAACAAUUGGAUCAAAAACCAACACAAGUUUAAGUAUCAAAACAUGUUUCACUUUAUUCAGCUUCCUCAGUUGAUACAUGCCCUUAGAUUAGAAAUACAUGGUUGUGUUAUUUUAAAUGAACAUUAUGUAUGAUAUUAUGUACUCAGCAGAAAUAAGAGAAUUUAAAUACAAACCAACUAAAAAGUAUGAAUAGGAAGUUGGGAGCAAACAUUUUUUUCCGUGGGUGGUCUAAAGUUAGAAAUAUUUUACUGCCUUUAAAUUUCAUUGAGUAUUUAAGGGCAUUUUAUUUUUUGAUUAGUCAUAUUUGUCAUCGUCAUCAUCAUCAUCAUCAUUGUAAUGAUAACAACAAUUACAAUAAACCAUUCACCAUCAUUGUUUCAUAAUGCUGAUAAUGCCAAAAUAAAAAUAAUGUAUUUUUUGUUGAUAUUUUUAAUCCCUAUUUAUGUAUAUAGAACUGAUUUAAAUGUUGUAUAUAGUGCGAAUCUAGUCAUUAUUCUGUAUAUAUUAGUUAUGAUGUACAUGUUUACAACAAGCCUGUAAUAGUGCUUAUUUAUUCUUUAUAGAAAAUUACCUACCUGCUUCAUUAUAUUAAUGUUGAAAAAAUUGGAAAUUUUUGUUCAUCUAUAUGUAUGAAAAUAUUGAUCUUUUUAAGUACAGUAUGUUCCAUUAUAUGUAAUAUAUGAUUUUCUUUGAUAUUAGGUAGAACUAGACAUAAUUACAAUUAAUAAAUGUGCAAUGUUUAAGUGUUAAUUAAGAAAAUUGUGUUGUUUUAAACACGAUUAAAUACAGUGAAAAGUGUACAAAGUGAACUGUUGAUAAUUCAAGAUUUCUCUUGUAACUCCUGGAAAUAAUACCCUAGAGAUAAUGUUAUUUAGAAAUAUUUAAUUGCUUGUAUAUCUCUGCAAUUUCUAACUAACUUUGCCAUGGUCAUGAUGAAUGUUAUAUGGUAAUAUUUAUAUAUGGCCUAAUUAUUUAAGUGUUACCUCAUUUUAAUGGAAUAAUCAUCACUUUAGUUAAGUUAAGUAAUUCCUAAUAAUUUAUUUUCACAAUCAAUGAAAAAACUCAAAUGAGUUAACGAGCCAAUAGGUCAGUUUCACAUUUUAAACAAUUCACACAGUGUAUAGACUGAAUGUUGUAGUGUUAACAGCAUAUUUCCUUGUGUAGGAUUUUAUUUUCCAGUAAAUUUAGGCCUCUAGUGUAAGAGAUAAACAAUAUAUUUUAUUAUUUUAGAGACUGCUGAGUGUCAUACCAUCAUCUAGAUGACUAGAUGCUGUAAAAGUUCCCAUUUCUCAUACAUGUACAUUGUACACCUAAUAUGUUUUGAUUAAAUUUUAUCUCCAUUAAUUUUUUCUAUCAAAUUUUUAAACAAUGUUUUUCACUUUUUUUUCAAUUAAAAGUCUAGAAUAUUUAUAUAGAAUACCAAUAAAAAUCGUCAAACCUACUUAAAAGUGUUGUACUACACUACAGCUUAUGACUGAUUUACUGUUAUAUAUCUAAUAAGAAUAAAAACAUAAAAUUUGAAAAAUUUACAUAAAUCAUGUAAAGCCGUUGAAAUGGAACAAUCUGCAAAUGAUAAUAAAGAAGUAUACACUGAAUUAAAAUGGCGUCCCUUUAAAGUUUUAAGUCUGUAAUACUACAGUUUUUUGUCAUGAAACAUGGCCGGAAUAACUUCAUAGAUUUACUGGGAAUAUAAAUAUGGUUAGGUAGGUGUAUUGUAUACUAAUGAUGCUAACUUAGCUGUACUUGAGAUUUGUUUUAAAACUUCUAGUAACACUUUCUGCACAAAUUUAGAACAGUUCAUGGAGAUUUCAAUAUCAAAAUUGAAUAGACAAAUAGUUCUCACAAAUGAUCAAUUAAUAUAAAUACACCAUCACAACAUUGAAUACAGUAAAAGUGAAUGAAUUACAGGUACUGUUUCAAUAACUGACUGUAUAUUUCAUGGCCUCCAUGUAUGUAAAUUCUUGUGUAGUCUAAUAAAGUCUUGUGUCAAAAACUGACCUUAAGUAUAAAAAAAUCUGGAUUAAACAAAACCCUUUGUCAAUAACCAAACAGAAUUGCUUGUUGGUAAAACCUACAAUAAUAAGACCAAAUUCAAAAACCUACAAACUAACCAUUUAUAUCUAUAAAGGCCUGUGUAAAAACAUACUGUUAAAGAUGGAAUAUAGAAAUAGAGGAUGUGGCUAAAUUGCAUUAAACAUGUUAUUGAACUUACAGAUGUAUACAUGUAUGUUUUUAUGUAGAGAGAUAUUUUUGAAAUGAUUAUUUUCAUUAUGAAGACUGUUUUAUCUUGUUAACAUGAUUGAUAUUAAAAGCUGAUUAUAUUU